AUAACCAUUUAGUGACUUGUUUUGUUUGCACCGAAGACCGAUGAAGCGAACGAUAACUGCCUUUUGUUGGGAUAAUAGUUGUUAUUUGUGACAUUCUUCUAAGUGAAAAAAUAUUGAAAAACAAUGGGAGGUGCAAUGAGCAUUGAAGUGCCAGGAGGUGGAACAGAAGGCUAUCAUGUGCUGAGGGUCCAGGAUAACUCUCCAGGACAGAGAGCCGGCCUGGAGGCCUUCUUCGACUUCAUCCUGGCUAUCGAGAACACCCGCCUGGAUGUAGACGACGACACGCUGAAGAAGCUGUUGAACCAGCAGGUGGAGAAGGAGACCAAGAUGAUGGUCUACAGCAGCAAGACGCAGCGCGUGCGCGAGGUGAAGAUCGUGCCGUCGAACGUGUGGGGCGGCCAGGGACUGCUGGGCGUCAGCAUACGCUUCUGCAGCUUCGAGGGCGCCAACGAGAACGUCUGGCACGUGCUGGAGGUGGAGCCCAACUCUCCUGCGGAGCUGGCCGGCCUGCACGCGCACACCGACUACAUCAUCGGCGCCGACUCGAUGCUGCACGAGAGUGAGGACCUCUUCCAGCUGAUCGAGACGCACGAGGGCAAGCCGCUGAAGCUGUUCGUCUAUAACUCGGGCCUGGACGCGUGCAGGGAGGUCACCAUUACGCCCAAUUCCCAGUGGGGCGGAGAGGGAAGCCUGGGUUGCGGCAUUGGCUACGGCUAUCUGCACCGCAUUCCGAACGUGGAGGCCGCACGCAAGCCGCCGCCGCCGCCGGCCGCUAACGUACAGACGGUUCAGCUGGCGGCGGCGCCGACCGCCCCCGCCCCCGCCCCCGCCGCCGCCGCCGGGACGGAGCAGCCGUCCGCCGCCCAGCCGCCGCCGAUGCCGGCGACCUCAGCGGCACCGGCGCCAGCGGCUCCACAGCAGCCACCGGCUCCUGAGACCGCCGUGGCUCCGUCGGCCCCGGCCGCCCCCGCACCGGCCGCCCCGGCCCACCCGACUGAGAUGGGAGCCGUGCCGACGGUGGCCGCCGUGCCCGCGUUCAGCCCUGGCUUCUUCACGUCACCGCCGGCGGCCGGCGGAGCGACCGACCCGUUCGCAGCCGCCGCGCCAGUGUCUGCUGUGCCGCCGCCGGCGCCGCUCCCCACCAUUUCGGGGAUGCCGCUGACCACCCCGAUCAGCCUGCCGGGCAUGCCGCCGCUGACAGUGAGCGCCACGCUGCCACCCGGCACUCUUCAACCGGCUUACAACGCCGCCGCAGUCUCGGCCGCCGCCACGGCCGUCACAGGGACGUCCGGGGUGCCGCCGUCCACUCAGCCCUACGUGCCACCGCCCUCCGUGCCGCACAUCCCCGGCUACCCAGCCGGACCUGCAGCGACGGUGGCGACACCUUUCUCGACCGCAGCGGCAACCGUAGCGCCACCUGCCGUGACGGCGUCCGGCGCAGCGCAGACCGCGCCGCCUCCCCACUUCGCCGGCCUGGCGGCGGGGAUGAGCGGCCUCACAAGAUAAAUGCGACAGGUUGAAAACGAACCACAAGAGUAUUGGCAGCCUGAGCACAUGAGCAACAUCUGAAAAUAUCGGUGGGAUUAGAAAACCCUUCUACGAAGAGGCCCCACCUUCCUUGGACUUGUCGCACCAGCGACGGGAGUCUGGUUAGCCAACCGGCGCACACGCCCAUGGUGGUCAUGUGCUGAACUGUUUGUUUGAUUGCACGCCACUAGAUGUCGGUGGCUGCGCGGUGCCGAUGGAGAUAUGUUGUGGAGCACCGGGAGAUAAUGCUGCUUAUUAUAUUGCUGGGUGUUGAGAGUGGAAAGGUUUGCUGCGCUUCUGGUGAAGGGAGAAUGUCGCGUGCGAGAGGUAGAAAUAAACCGCCUCGUCAGCGCCUCGCAGGACGACUAGUAGAGCAAUGACGGUCUGUGUGCUGCACAUAAUAUUAUUAUGUUUAUCCAAUUCCGUGUAAAUACAUAUUAUGGUCCGGGGAUGGGUCCGGAAAGAAAA